GGAAAGCGUCACAUGUCACUCCUCCAGCUGGAGAGGUUUUUGCUGCAUGUGAGAGUCCGGUACUUUUCUCAGCUCACAAACUCCGUCCGAAGACGACAUGGCGCUAAUGGGGAUCCAGUUGGUUGUCAGUUUGCUGACGGCCAGUAUCAUGCAAAGAAUGGCACCACACUACUCUUUUGCUCGCUGGCUUCUUUGCAACGGCAGUCUGUUCCGCUUCAAACACCCGUCAGGAGAAGAGCUGUGUGCACUGGCAGGAAAACAGCUGCCCAAACAGAACAGAAGAGACAGAAGACAGAAUGGAGAAAGCAAACCCCUCACUGUGCCCAAAGAUAUUGACCUUCAUCUAGAGAAGGCUCCGGUCAACGCCAUGGACGCUCUAGUGCUGCGGUUCUUCUUGGAGUACCAGUGGUUGAUCGAUUUUGCAGUCUAUGCCACUGGUAUUUUUAUUUUCACUGAGUGUUACUACACUGUGAUGAGUGGCAGCAAAGAAGUCAACAUUGGAGCCAUCUGGUGUGUCCUCACUGUCUUCUUCGGACUAAAAGCUCUCAAUACUCUGAUGAGCCACUACUUUCGCUCUGAAGAAGGCGGUGAACGCUCAGUCUGUCUUGCUUUUGGCUUCCUGUCUCUGCUGGUAGCCAUGUUGGUGCUUGUGGUCAGAGAGGACUAUCUGGAGUUUGGGUUAGAAUCUGGCUUUUCUAGUCUAUUUGACAACUUGGAGGUCUUUGCCAAGCAGCAGGGCUACGCUGACUGGUCAAUCCCAGUGACAAAGCUGACGGUGAAGCUGGGACUGGCUGCUGUAUGUGCUUACAUUGGAGCUCUUCUGGCCUUCCCUGGACUGCGUCUCGCUCAAACUCACCUGGAUGCUGUGCAGAUGAACGCAGAUCGGCCUUUCAUUCAACUCCUGCUACACCUGAGUUUCCUGUCUCCAGUCUUGGUUCUGGUUCUGUGGGUGAAGCCAAUUGCUCGGGACUUUUUGGCCAAAGCACCGUUGGGAAAAACAUCCGUCACUCUAGUGUCCAGCGCCGCGUUCGACAGCAUGCGCCUUUGGCUCAUCGUGGUUCUGUGUGUGCUGCGGCUGGCGAUGACCCGGUACCAUCUGCAGGCUUAUCUCAACCUCUCCCAGAAGUGGGUGGAGCAGAUGAAGAAGGAGGCUGGCCGGAUUGCUGCAAUUGAUAUUCAGAGAAAGGUCACUCGAGUGUUCUGCUACCUGACAGUCGUCACUCUCCAGUACAUGGUUCCAAUCCUGCUCAUCCUCUUCUCCACACUGGCCUUGAAGGCUCUUGGAGACUUCUCUUGGAGCCCUGCUGCCAUGGAAAGCCCUGGAGUGACCCCAGCUCUAGUGAUGCCCACUGCUGCCCCUGUUGUCUCCCCUGGUUUUGAUGACGAUGAGGAGGGCACGGAGUACAUGGAGGAGGACAUCCAGGUCACAGUGGCCCGUCUGUCAGAGACCUUCACGGCGCUGCGCGCUGUCCUCACCCCUCUCUUCUUCAGAGGUUUCUUUGCUUUCCUGACUUGGUGGGUUGCUGCCUGCCAGCUCCUCAGCUCCCUGUUCGGUAUCUACUUCCACCAGUACCUAAUGCAGAGCUAAAUGAGUGACCUGACGUGGGUGCAGUCCACGUGGUUCUGGUGUGACACAACCAUGGUGAGGUUAGUGUUGAACUGCAGCGAUGAGACCAGCAGGCUUCUGGUGUCACUCAUUCAUCCGUUGAGAGACCGUCGGCCAAUGAUCGUCACGAGUUGAUGCAAGUCUUGAUUCCUUUUGGAAUGAAUCUGAUUUUACUGUGACAAUUUUACCUGAUAAUGCUCGGACUCCUGCCUCAGUGCUGUUUGUGUUUUUGAUAUUUUAUGUAUGAAACUGCACCCUUUCCUGUGGGAAAGAGAUUGUUUUUAUUUAUCUGGGAGGUUGUUUCCUGCCCCUUAACGCUGGCCUACAGACUCAGUCUGAGCCUUGAAUGCAAGCUUGUCAACACGUUCUCCAGUGCCUUAGUGACAGUUUAGGUCGGCUCCGUCGUCUUAGUCCCUUCAUUACGCUUGUAUUUUACUGAACACUCUUAUGGCCUGGCUGUUGACCUGGCUCAUACUUGAAAAUAAUGAAACACUUACAGGGUCAUCGUUUUUAAAUUUGAAUUAUUUAAGUCAAUAAAAGAAACAAACUACCAUGUAGACAUAUUUGGCUAUUUAGAUUACGAGGUAACCUUGAAUCUAAUGCUCUGAAAUCCUGAUACUGUGAUUUGUAACUUUUCUGUUUGAAUGCAUGGUGUGCCAAUAUUUGAGUUUUUGAACCAGUUUUCUUUGAGUGUGUGAAAUUGAAUAAAAAUAUUUAUAGUAUUUUCA